UUCAACAUCUUAACAGUGUAUUGAAGGUGGUAGAGGGGUAAAAUAGGUGGUGGUGACUGGCCCGCACUCUCACACUGUAAACACCAUGGCCGGCGACGGAGACAAGCCCCUCGCGGAGACCAAGAGCUACAUGGGCAUCCCCGAGGCCCAGUUUGUGGAAGAUGUGGACACCUUCAUGGCCAAGGAGGACAAUGUCAGCGCCCAGGACGUCAUCAAGAGGCUGGAUGAACAGCUUAACAAGUACAAGUUCAUGGAGGUCCACCUUCAGGCCCGGAGGAAAAAGCUGAAAUCUCAGAUACCAGACAUCAAGAGCUCUUUACAAAUUGUGAAGGAAAUGAAGACACGAAAAGACACAUCUGAAGUAAUUGAGACUCGCUUUCUGCUGUCUGACCAAGUGUACAUGCAGGCCAACAUUCCUCCAACCGACCGUGUGUGUCUCUGGCUCGGGGCUAAUGUGAUGCUGGAGUAUGGGCUGGAAGAUGCUGAGGGUCUCCUGUCUAAAAACCUGGGCAAUGCCACCAAGAACUUGACACAGGUGGAACAUGACCUUGACUUUCUAAGGAACCAGUGUACUACUACGGAGGUCACCAUGGCUCGCAUUUACAACUGGGAUGUGAAGAGGAGGCGAGCCCAGAAAGCCGCUGCGGAAGACAAGUCAAAAGGACAGGGGAAGGAGGAAAAAUGAACUUCAUAGGUCAAUUAUUUUGAAGAAAACAUUGUGCUUUAAUAUCUUUUUCUUUAGUGCUAAGUUUGUGUUCUAGCUCUAACCUACUCCCCACACAUUGUUUUUUUUUUUUGUAAUCUUUUUGUUCUGAAAAAUAAAUUUAAUCAUGAAUAAGACACUAAAAUACUCACCCUCUUACAAUGAUGAUUUAUGUAAGACAUGUAAAGUUUGUCAGGAGCUUGAUGUAUGCAUAUUUAUAAUAAUGUUCCUGACUGCAAUUAUUUUACCUGCAUAUACAAGCUCUGGAGCAGCAUGACUGAAGAUGUUCUCAUCUAUUUAUUGCUCUCCAGGAUUGAAAGAGCAUUCUAAUCUAAUACUGUGAAAUUCAGUUUCAGUCUUUUAUGAUUGAGAUGAUUUCUUUAUUCUAAAAUCUUAUCACUCCUAUUUUAAUACUAUCCUUUGCCUGCCAUACCCUUGACCUCUACUGUAUGCCAUGUUUCCCCGACUGGUUCGUUCCUGCUUAUCUAUUGUGGCAUUUUUAAUCCAAAGUUUUCCAUGCAUUUUGUAGGGAAUAUUGAGCCUGGCCUCCCUAAAUUUUAAAAUGCAUCUGUGCUUUCAUUCAGAGUGGGAGUCAGUUUUCUACCCAUUACUUGGCUCAUCCCAGCCUCAUUCUUUUUUUAAAAUAAGUAAGGGUACAAACCAGUGUACAUGAUGAGCUGUGAGAGCUCUCAUGUACCACUCUUGAUAGCUGCAUCCUUACAUUUAUUACUGUGUUGUAUAGUUGAACUUAUGCAAGAAUAUAUCUCAGAAUUAUUACAUUUUAACUAGUGCAAGUCCCAAAUGGAAAAUAUUUACUGUGAUUAAUAUUAGUGCACAUUAUUUUCAUGUCAGGUUCCUGUAACUCCUUGAAAUAAUGAGUUGAACUUCACACAAAGCUUCAACCUCUUGCUGUGAGGACUCAACACUUGGUGAUGUAUGAAUGAAUCACCAACUUAUGAACUGCCUCCAACAUUAACUUCAUUGCUUUAGCACCUCACAACUUGAAGCAUCAUGGCGUGUGCCCAGACCUGACCUACAGACUGGGGACAGUUGUCUCUGCCGCAUCAGGCACGUGUUGUAAUGCUAAAUAAACCUUUAAAAGCU